AGGAUGCAUUGGUGAUGUGCGACAUCACAACUCAACCAAAGAGAAAACAGGGCAUAGCAUAACAGACAGAGAAACAGAGAAGAAGAAAUGGCAAAGUCCCCUGAAACUGAACUCCCACUCAAAGCUUUUGGUUGGGCUGCAAAAGACACUUCUGGCUUACUUUCCCCUUUUCAUUUCUCCCGAAGGGAGAAUGGCGAUGAUGAUGUCACUCUUAAAAUUCUUUUUUGUGGGGUUUGCCAUUCUGAUCUUCACACUGUCAAGAACGAUUGGGGUUUCACAACUUACCCUGUUGUUCCCGGGCAUGAAAUUGUUGGUGUUGUAACAAAAACCGGAAAUAAUGUGCAAAAAUUUAAAGUGGGGGAUAAAGUUGGAGUUGGUGUAAUAGUGGAAUCUUGUCAGGAAUGUGAGAAUUGCCAGCAGGAUCUGGAGAGUUACUGCCCUCGACCUGUCUUUACCUAUAACUCUCCUUAUAAGGGGACACGAACCCAUGGUGGCUUUUCUGAUUUCGUGGUUGUUCACCAGCGGUAUGUGCUCCUAUUUCCCAACAACUUACCACUUGAUGCUGGUGCUCCACUGCUAUGUGCUGGGAUUACCGUGUAUAGCCCAAUGCAAUAUUAUGGGAUGACAGAGCCAGGUAAACAUUUGGGAGUGGCAGGGCUUGGUGGGUUAGGUCAUGUUGCAAUCAAAUUUGGUAAAGCAUUUGGGCUGAAAGUUACUGUCAUUAGUAGCUCUCCCAACAAGGAAGCCGAGGCCAUUGACAAACUUGGGGCUGAUUCUUUCCUUGUUUCCUCUGACCCUGUAAAAAUGAAGACAGCUAUGGGAACUAUGGACUAUAUCAUAGACACAAUAUCUGCUGUUCAUUCCCUGGUUCCACUGCUUGGUCUCCUGAAGCUGAAUGGGAAGCUGGUCACUGUGGGAUUGCCUACCAAGCCCCUCGAGCUGCCUGUCUUUCCGCUAGUUGCAGGUAAACCAUCAAUAAUCCAAUAUGGACGGAAGCUUAUAGGGGGGAGCAACUUUGGAGGGAUUAAGGAGACUCAGGAGAUGCUUGAUUUCUGCGGAAAACACAACAUAACUGCAGAUAUUGAACUGAUUAGGAUCGAUCAAAUCAACACAGCCAUGGAAAGACUUGGCAAAUCUGAUGUGAGAUAUCGCUUCGUGAUUGAUGUGGCCAACUCCUUCUCAAGUUUGUAGAAGCCACUGUGAUUCUUGCAUGUGAGGCCUUAGAUGUCUCAGUUUUUUGGCAAUAAAGAUUGGUAUAUGAUGCCGAACUUUAGAGAUGAGAACAUCCUCUCUUUCCUUCGAUAGAAUGCUUCAGACUUUAGAAUUUAUAUUAUGUUGCUUCAUCUUUAUAAUAUCCCGUUUUCUUUUGGCGGAACAAAUUCCUAAA